AUGGAUGUCUUUGUCAAGCUCGAAUAUGUCAGCCCGACAGGCUCCUACAAGGAUCGAAUGGCCAAGUCCAUGAUAGACGAAGCCGAGCGCCGCGGAGAUCUUACACCUAACACUACCGUGGUCGAAGCUACUGGCGGCAGUACUGGCUCAUCUCUGGCCUUCAUCUGUGCCGUCAAAAGUCCUACUGGGAAAACGACAGCAGACCUGAUGGCAUCUAUGAAGGUGAGGGCUGUAAGCCUUGGGCCGACCGAGGAGUAUUUCUACAGCGACCAGUUCAGCAACCGCGACGCACUCGUCGGGUACGCGGAGAUCGGCCACGAGCUAGAGAAGCAAUUUCCAGACGGUUUCGACGCAUUCUGUGCAUCUUUCGGGACGGCGGGUAUGGUGAUGGGCGUGUCCAGCGUCCUUAAAGCGAAGAAAACAGACGUUCGAGUUGUCCUCCUUGAGCUCGAAUCAUCCGCCUUGUUAGCCACCGGUCGAAGCGGAUCGCACGGCAUCGAUGGCAUCGCACCCGGCUUCAUCUCGGGCCAUGUCGAUCAAAAUCUGUAUGAUGAAUCCGCAGUAUCCAUCGUAGCCAGUCUUGCUGGCGUUCUCGCUUUCGCUGCGCAAUCAACGCGGAGCCUCACCACGCUGGUCACCGAGAUCAAGGAUGCACCCAAAGACAUCACCGACCUCAGGGUCGAGCUGGAGAGCCUUUCGAUGCUACUCCAGUCAGCCCAGACCCUGACGACCAACUAUCCGCUGCGACGCGAGGACGCUGUCAUCGCCCAGACGCUAAGUCAGUGCACGACAUGGUGCCAGGAGUCGAUGCAGGACCUGCGCGUGGUCAUCACCCCGUUCGCUGAGGCGGGCGGUGCCAGGCGGAGCCCGAUGAGGAUGAUCAGCUGGAUCAUGCACAAGGAAGAGGUCCGGAACUCAACGGCGAAGCUCAGGGACCGUAAGGCAAGCUUCAACUUGGCGGUCUCGGUGUUGAAUGGCCAUUUGACGGGCAAAGCUCAAGACGAGAUACGGCAAGACAUUGCCGCUGGUUACGACAGGAUGCUGGACAAUUUCAUCAAUGACGCCAGUGCAAGAAAGAUAAGAAAGCAGCUCGAGGACGACGUCUCUAGCAUUCCAGAGGGAUCACGCCGGAGGUCGACAGCGGAGGAAACGGAUGCCGGAUACGCCAUGAGAAAUGAGCUUGGAAGGAGCGACGAUUUAGCUUUACCAAGACCAGAAACGCCGAGAACACUCGUACAAGCAGUCUCGGCAGGCGACAAAGCAGCAGUGAUAGACCUCCUCUCCAAGGGCGCCCGCGUCACCGAGAGAGCGGCCGGGGGCGCAACUGCCCUGCACGUGUGCGCAAAAUACGACGACAGGGAUAUCGCCGAGGUGCUAGUCGAACACGGCGCGGCCCUCGACAUGAAGAACGACGACCGCCUGACCGCGCUCGAUGUGUGCCUGGAGGAGCAUUCGCAGGAGGUGGCGGUCCUCCUUAUCGAGAAGGGCUGCCGGCUGGGUAGCUUUUCCGCCCGGAUCCUCGACGCGCUGCAGGACGCCGGGGAGGAUGACUCCAAGCUGGAUCCUGUGCUUAAAGCGGUGGUGAAGAGGUUUCCAGAAGCCGGCGGUGGUCCGCAGUUGCUGCAUGUGGUGCUUGAGCGUGAGGACUCGAACGCACUGGCCAAGUUCCUGGAGCUUGGGUUCGAUCCGAAUAUCUCGGAGGAUGGCUACAGGCCACUACACCAGGCCGUGAUGAGGGAUCGCCUGGGUGACGUGAAACUCUUGAUCGAGAAAGGCGCUGAUGUGGAUUCGAUCCUCCCGCCCAGCGCUCGCAAGCCCAGGAGGACGGAACCUCGUCACAGGCUCCUCGUAGAGAAGACUGAGAACCGCGACUAUAACCCUCUCAAGAUGGCCGCGGACAGCCUUCCCAUGACACGGCUGCUGUUUGCACAUGGCGCUGAUCCUAACACCGUAUUCCCGGUUGCCCGUGACACCAUCCUCAACUGUGUGUGCGCCGGAUGGUACCUGCCAGUCGCUCUGGAGAUCGUCAAAAACGGCGCCAACCCAGAUUUUCAAAACUCAAACGACGGCUGCUCGGCGUUGUACUGGGCGGUCAUGUGCGCGAAUCCGGGUCUGAUCAACGCCCUGCUAGAUCACGGCGCAAACCCCGACCUACAGACCUGGGGGAGGAAUGGCGCGCUUACACCGCUCCAUGCUGCUGUUGACAACGGUAGAUACGAUGAGGCUAAGAUUCUGGUGGAGAGAGGCGCGGACCUCAGCAUCCGUGACGCUGAGGGCCUCACGCCGCUAGAGAGAGCACGGAGAUCGAAUAGUCUUGACAUGGUGGAGCUUUUCGCGUCGCACAUGAGCGUGGGCUCUCCAAGGACCACGCCCGCAAUAGUCCCAGCAGGUCAUGGCCGAGGAAACAGGUGA